GACGUCCGCUAUGCGGCGAGCGAAAACGACAUUUGAUUCACCAACUUGCAUAUAAAAUCAAGUAAUCGGUUCUAAUGUACAAUCGCCAUCGAGCAGUAGGCGAGCUGAUUUUUAUUCCGCACCGGAUCAGUUGUGUUGAGCAGAUAAAGAAGAUACGUUAAAAACCCAAAAAUUAUGCAGAGGCAAUUCCAAGGAAUCGCUAAAACAUUAAUCGAGAGAUAUUUCUACCAGCUAACAGAUGGGUGUGGAAAGGAAAAUUGUUUAAAUCAAUAUUGCAAGUCUAGCGAUGCAUUCUAUCAUAGCAAACCUUUUUCACCCGAUGAAGCUGCAGGCGAAGCUUUAAUGCUGUUUUAUCGCAGAGCACGUAUGUGUAACCUUCCGAGACGUUCCGCUAAAGCCCGCUCAUCUCAGUCCGGCACCAGAAAUAAAGCUAAAAAGGGCGCCAUUAAAAAUGAUGAUGAUAACGAAAUGAACGAUGACGAGGGUGAUAUGAAAUCUCCUAAGCCUGGGUCUUCUCAGGAGGGAAGUGCCCAUGAAGAAGGACAAUAUGCUCUGGAAGAAAAAUGCGAUUCUAAGUCUCUUGGGAAUAUACUGCCUGAGGAGGAAUUUUGCAAAUUGAGUGUUGAGGCCAUUCGAUCAAUCAUACCGGAGACUCUAGCGAAUGCUAUAAGCGAAAUGAUCAGAAAGUCUUCUUUGGAAAAAGAAACUGAGAUGUCGUGUUUUGACGCUGAUCCAGCUAAUACCGAAGAUGAAGAAGAACCACUGCACAUCUUCGAUCCACUAUCUCAUCGUAAAGUCUAUGAAUACUACAGCAGGGUAAACAACAAGAAUAAAAGAUACAACUACUUUUACUUCUGUGCGGGCAUGGGCCUCGAAGCACUAUGCUAUGCGGUUGAAAAUAUCUCUGUAAAAGCAAAGGCAAGUCUGGUGCGUAUGUGGGCGCAGGAGAAGAAGUAUAUACCACAAAUAUUAGCGGCAUUACAAGAAGUAAUAUCUCUGAGGUCCAGGGAAGAGAAAUAUCGUGACACUAUUGAAAACGAUGACUUCCUUAUUGCAGCAAUGGAAUUUGUGAGGAUUUUGUACUUUGCGAGUAUACUAGCUGGUGAUGUAGGAAUUCCGAAACCAAAAGAAGCUGCCGUGACAUUGACCAAUUCUGUGUCACCAAGUAAUUAUAUUGACUAUGUAUUAAUAAUGAAGAUUGAGGCUUCGGAGGAGCAGGACAAAGUCAAUGAUUUGGCUGUUGAAUUAGGCAUAGAUGUGCUGGACAUUGAUGAGCCCUACAUAGCUUUUGAGGAAUUCUACAACGCGGAUUUGAAUAGAUUAAUUAGGGAUAAACAAGAUUCUGAUUCGGAUGAUGAUGAGGAUGAGGACGAGGAUGAUGAUGAGGAUAAUCAGGAUGAUGAAGAUGAUGACGGAGAGGAGGAGGAUGACGAUGAAAAUCAGAAUAAUGAAGACGAAGUAGAUGGUUUUAAUGAGAAUAAUAGAUUUAAAGUGACUUCUGAUAAGAAUUCCCCGUUCCUUAAAUACCCAUUUAUGCUGACACCGGCUACCAAGUCGUUGAGGGUGAAAGCCGAGCCCAAUUUCCGUAUGAACACGGAGGAGAUUGCGGCUAAGAUCCGCGGGCAGAAGCCGAAAUUUUAUUUGAAGCUGAAGGUGCGCAGUGAGCAUAUCGUCGAAGACGCUAUUAAGCAGCUCGAGAAAGUGAUAGAAAACCGUCCCUUUGAUCUGAAGAAAAAGUUAGCAGUGUUCAUUGACGGUGAGGGAAGUAGCAGGAGCAAAAUUCAGGAAUUCUUUCAAACUAUUAUCGACCACAUAUUCAAUCCUGCAAAUGGAAACUUUAUUCACUUCUCGGACACAAAUACUGUGUGGUUUAACUCAAACUCCCAGAUGGCUGAAUACAGACUGAUUGGCAUCUUGAUGGGUCUGGCUAUGUACAAUAAGGUACUUGUUUCGAUAAACUUUCCGGAUGUCUUUUUUAAAAAGCUAAUGGGCAGGAAGGGACAGUACAAAGAUUUAGAAGAUUGGAAUCCAACCUUGUACCGCGGCCUCCAAAAUAUGUUGGAGUACACUGGCGAUGAUUUGCAAAAUGUGUACUUCCAAACCUUCCGCAUAUGCUAUCAAGAUGCCCAACGUAAUAAUAUAUUAUAUGAUCUGAAAGAAAAUGGUGACAGCAUUUUUGUGACACAAGCAAACAAAAAGGAGUUUGUGGACUUGUAUGCCGACUUUCUGUUGAACGUGUCAGUCCAGAAACAAUUCCAAGCCCUCCACGGCGGAUUUGUUGUGGCAACGCAUAAAAGUUCGUUGUGGAAAAUGUUCAGACCUAAGGAACUGGAGAUUUUUAUGUGUGGAUUCAAGUUGAUCGACUUUACCGUACUGCAGAGGGGUACUUCAUACGAUGGCGGGUAUUCGGCCGACUCGCCAUUGAUCAGAGACUUCUGGAGCUUGGCCCACGAUAUGGAUUAUGACCUGAAGAGAAAGCUUCUGCAUUUCAUGACCGGCUAUUACCGUAUUCCCUGCCAUGAGUUCAGCAAUUUCAACUUGACCAUAUUGCAGACCGGGGACGACCUCACUCGUCUGCCCACCUCCUUUGUUUGCUUCAACCUGCUGUUGCUUCCAAAGUAUGAGACUGUGGAGAUACUCAGGGAGAUGGUAAUAAAUGCUAUUACCUCUUGCCCACCUGGCAUGAAGUUGCCACGUGAACGUCCAUCAGAUAAUUAAAAAACUGAUGCACAUGCAUUCUUAUUCAAUCAUAUUACAUAUUUAAUCGCACUUUUCUUGAUAUAGUACACAGGAAUGUAUGUUUGGAUGGAUGAAUUAAUGUCUAGAUGGAUGUUUGUUCAUCUUUCACGCAUUAUUACUGAAUGAAUUUUUAUUAAACUUUACAACAAAAUAGAUCUGUAUAACAUUGACCAUUAUUUGAAAGAUUUAAAAUUAUUAUAUUAGAAAUAUGCGUAAAAUGUUAAAUUCUUCAAUCUAAGAUCUGUUUUUAUCCUUUAGUAAUUUGGACUAAUAGGUAUUGUAAUGAGAAAGUUAUGAAAAUGAGAACAAAGGAGUUAAAACAGGAGAUGCAAAAUAACAUGGUUGUGUUCUGCCGCGCGCAAUAUGAACAACAAGAUUCAUUAAUUCAUUACAGUUCAUUCUUACAUUCUUAUAGAUAUACGUACGCAGACGAGCUGAGGCCGCUGCUUAGUGGUAGUUACUUAUUCGAUAUUAUCUGAUUCAUGAUAUUAUAUGAAAUCAUGAUUAUUGACUAGAUGUUGUGAGUUUAAGGAUAACUUUGUCCUAAUCCAUUUACCUAAUUACUGGGUAUUUUCUUCAUAUUAGAUUUAGGCAACUCUGUAUUCGAAUUAAUAA